AACAUGUGUUGGAUCACAUGUAGCUCCUGUCAAAUCAAUGAAGAGUACCAAUGAUUAACAGGUAAGCAGAGUGUCAGGGGGUCCUUACGUUUGAGAGGGGUUAUAUAGGACUGUAUGUGCAGAAUUAAACCAGACACUUUCCCUGCAUGGUCUCAUCAUGGCUGGAGUCUACAGGAUCAGCUGCUUUCUAGCUUUACUCAUAGAGCUGUGUGCACUCUCUGCCUUCGGGCAGGACUUAUUUAUGAUCACGGAAACAGACGACACUGGAGAAUAUGAAUAUUAUUAUGAUUUUCCCACCGAAAUCCCCCGAGAAGAAUCAAAUCUGGAUAGUUUCGAUGACUGGUUGUAUGAACUCAUGGAUGUCACAGAUCAAUGUGAUCCAAACCCAUGUUUAAACGGAGGAAACUGUGACACCUACUAUGGUGGAAGCUUCAUAUGUGUUUGUCCUGAGCCUUACACUGGAAAGAAGUGCCAGACAGUGAAAGAUGUUUGCAAGAAUGUAAACUGUGGACAUGGGAGCUGUGUUGUCACAUCUACUGCUCCGUUCUACGAGUGCAAGUGCAAGCCUCCAUACAGUCCACCCAACUGCAGGAAAGCUACUCCCUGCAGACCCAACCCUUGUCAGAAUGGAGGCUCUUGCCUGAAAGGUCCCAAACGCUCAUCCUUCCAGUGUUCUUGUCCUGGGGGAUACAGUGGGAGCUUCUGUGAAGUUGGACCAAAUGACUGUUACGAGGGGGACGGGGAGUCAUACCGCGGCAUGGUGAGCGUGACGGUGGAAGGAGAGGAGUGUUUGGACUGGAACUCUUAUUUCAUCCAACAGAAAGGUGGAGAUCCUUUCAGAGAGUACGCAGGCUUUGAUGGAAUUGGACCACACAAUUUUUGCAGGAACCCAGAUGGGGAAGAUCAGCCAUGGUGCUUUAUUAAAAAGGACGACAAACUGAAGUGGAACUACUGUAAAGUUAGAACAUGUUCUACAGCUCCACCCACCGUACCAACCAUCCAUGAAACAGAUACAACUCCAGCUGCCCAGUUCUCCCAGUGCGGGAUUCCACAGCCCGGCCGGUCGUCGAGGAUCUUCGGAGGGAAGAAGUCUCUUCCUGGAGCUCAUCCCUGGCAGGCGUCCCUGCAGACUAGAACAGCAGGUUCCUCAGGGCCCUUCCACCACAUCUGUGGAGGCAUCCUUCUGGAGUCCUGCUGGGUGCUUACUGCUGCACACUGCAUUAAAAAGGGAGUGGAAAUGCAGGUGGUGCUGGGCGGAGUGGACAUAGAGAAAGAUGAAGCAUACGAUCAGGUCAUCCCUGUGGUGAAAGCCAUUGUGCACGAGGGAUACAAGGAGAGCCCGUUUGCUCUCCAUAAUGAUGUUGCCCUGCUUCAGCUGAAAGUCACAGACAAUCCAUACUGUGCUAAAGAAACACGCUUUGUAAAGACAGCAUGCCUCCCCAACAUGAGAUUUGAUAGCGGGACAGAGUGUGUGAUCUCAGGAUGGGGCGUGACCGAAACGCCUCAUGGAUAUUCAUCAGAUUCACCUUUAGCACGCAUUUACAUCGGAAAACAGGAGAGGUAUGGUACCAACCAGCUGCUCGAUGCUCGUGUCCUCCUGAUCCCCCAGGACAAAUGCAAAGCCCCGCAUGUUUACGGAAACUCUCUGGACGAUAGCAUGUUCUGUGCAGGAAACAUGAAAGGAGGUGUCGACUCCUGCCAGGGUGACUCUGGCGGCCCCCUUGUGUGUGAGCGUAACGGGACACACUACAUUGUGGGUGUUGUGAGCUGGGGAGAUGGCUGCGGCAAAAAAUACAAGCCUGGUGUUUACGCCAACGUGGUCAGAUUUAUUGACUGGAUCGCUUAUCAUUUGCUCAGUUAAAGAUGCAUGGCGCCGUACUGUACUGUGAAUAUGAAGGGCAGACAUGCAAACUGUGUAAAGGGCUUUACUCACUUUCCUUUGUAAAAAUGAGUUCAGAUCAAAAAUGUGUCACUCCUUAUCAAGAUAACAUAUUACCUCUUUUAUGUAAUUGUCAAUGGAUACCUCAUUUUUGUAUAAUUGCACCAAUUUCACAGUGUAAAGGACUUUUAGGUCCCAGUUUGCGUUUGCGUACUUGCAGCAUCACAAUAAAGAUCAUACAAAAUGUA